AUGAAGAUAUGGCUGGUACUUCUUUUAGUUUUUGCCACGGUGUUUGCCGAGACAGAUUAUUAUAAAGUUCUUGGAGUAGCUAAAAAUGCGGAUGAAAAAGAUAUCAAGAAGGCCUACAGAUCGUUGAGUAAGAAGUUUCAUCCAGAUAAGAACCCGGGUGAUGAUGAAGCCGCUCAAAAGUUCAUUCAAGUUGGAGAAGCUUAUGAUGUGCUUGGUGAUCCCGAGAAGCGUCAAAGGUAUGACAGAUUUGGAGCAGAAGGACUGGACUCAAGACAGGAACAAUUCCAUGAUCCAUUUGACAUGUUUCAACAGUUCUUCGGAGGAGGUGGACAGCAACACAGAGGCAAACCAAAGGGUAAGAGUUCCUUGUUACAUUUAGAAUUCAGUCUACAAGACUUUUACAAUGGUGCUAGUAACGACUUUAGAAUCGAAAUGCAGAAUAUCUGUGAAACUUGUUCUGGAUCAGGUUCACAAGACGGGAAAGUUCAUCAAUGUGACACUUGCAAAGGGCACGGGCGUGUUGUUCAAACGAGACAGUUUGGUGGUGGCAUGCAACAGAGGUUUGAAACAAUUUGCCCAAAAUGUUCAGGAACAGGAAAUCUGAUCACUCACAAGUGUAAGAAAUGCCAAGGAAACCGUGUAGUUAGAGGACCCAGAAUUCACAAUGUGCAUUUGGGGGCGGGAACUAGUAGGAACCAUGUUGAGAUCCUGGAAGGUCAGGGAGACCAGUCUCCAGACUGGAUUGCAGGUGAUCUACAAAUCAUGUUCAAGGAGAAAGCCGAAGGCAACAUGGGGUAUAGAAGAAUAGGAAACAACCUGUACAGAGACGAAGCAUUAACGCUGAAAGAGGCAUUGCAUGGUGGCUGGGAGAGACAAAUUGCGUUUUUGGAUAAAAUAGAGAACACGAUUACUCUUUCCAAGAAGAAAGGAGAGGUGGUAGUUGACGGCCAAGUAGACACCAUCAAGGGUAGAGGGAUGCCAUUACAUGACCACUAUGACGAACAUGGUGAUCUCUUUAUCAAGUACCAUAUCAUUUACCCGCAACAAAUUAGAGACGAAUUGUGA